AUGGCGCCUCCGGCCGCGAUCUUCCUAGCGAUGGCUCUCCUCUGCACCACAGCCUCCGGCCUGUCGACAGACCCCGAGGACUACCGUCCGCAGGACGGGGCGUCGGCCUUCAUCGAGCGCCUCAGGCAGGGCACCGCCCUCGCUGACUACCUCAGGCCCGGCAACCUGUCCUGCAACGCCACCUGCAACAACCAGACCUUCUCGGGCGAGGAGUGUCAGGGGGCGUUCAAGGUGAGGUGCCACGGGUCGCUCGGCAAGCCCGGCCGCAACGCCACGUUCGUCGCCCGCAUCCGCUGCGACGGCCAGUGGAAAGAGGCGGGCGGAAACGGCAGCGCCGCGUCCAAUCCCACGGGCAAGGAGGUCGUGUGCAACGGCGCCUUCCACGAAAGGGUGCUGGCCUUCAGCGAAGUCCGCAACGGGAGUCGCUUCAGCGCGAUGGCCUACGGCUGUGCCUUCAUGUACAGCUACGAGGCCACGGGGCUGGGGAACGCCAGGGUGCGGUCGCACACGUGCCAGGGGGCUGAGACCGUGAGGUCUAUGUCCAGCGUCCCAAGCAGAGGCAGAAGAAGCGUCACCCUGAAGGACAUGGAGGCCAUCCUGCAGGACGUUGCGUCCGACGACGACUCGACGACGCUCGCCGACGACUCGACGACGCCCGACGACGCCCCCGUCGCUGACCGCAGGUCCCCGCGCGGUGACCGCAACGUCUCCGUCACGUGCAACUCCCAGGAGGCGUCCCUCCGGGAGCCCUGCCACGGCACCCUGCAGGUUACUUUGGAGGGCCGCAACGUGACGGUCGCGCAGAUGUGCAAAGGGUGGUGGAUCCCCGCCCCCCGGGAGCGCCGCGGCUUCACCUGCAGCGGCGACUGGACGGUGGGGAUGAGCAAGAGCGGCGGGCGCGGCAGCGGCUUGGAGAUAGACGGCAGCUGCACUGGGCACGUGGCCAUCGCGAGGCGCAUGAUCUCCGCCCGCGGCCACACCUUCCGGGGGUCGCGGGAGGUGUGCAUCGGCCGCGCGGACGCCUCAGUGCAGCUGCCCGAGCCCCGUCUUGAGCCGCCGGUCGACAGGGCCUCUGCCGCCGCGUAG